AUGUCUCGUCCUCAACUCCCGCACUGGAGGAGGAUGACUGGAUUAAAGAAGCCGGGAGUUGGGAAGAGGUUAGACAGGGGGCCCACGAGAUUGAUUAUGAAGCCUUCCCACACCACCGUAGAUGUUUACCCUAAGGUAAGGCAUUACCACGGAGGUAAGACGAACUCUCCCCAGAUCCCAGCGGAGAUGUACAAGACAAAGGGUUGGAAGGAAGGCAGUGUUGGAGGAUGCAAACAAGUCCUAAUUAGCAUCUGCUGGCCAAGCAGGGUAUAG